AUGACACCUCGACAGACACUCCCGUCCCACACUCAAUCCUGUCGUUCACAGACUGCUGUCGCUCUCCCGCUUCCCGUCAUCCACACUCGCCGGAGGCACAUAUCACUCUCUCAAUCCCGUCGCUCACUCACACCCGUCGCUCACUCAAUCCCGUUGCUCACUCACACCCGUCGCUCACUCAAUCUCGUCGCUCACUCACACCCGUCGCUCACUCACUCCCCGUCGCUCACUCACUCCCCGUCGCUCACUCACAUCCGUCGCGCCUUCAUUACCUACGCGCUGCCCCCCCUUCCCUACGCGCUGCUCCCCAUUCCCUACGCGCUGCUCCCCAUUCCGUACGCGCUGCUCCCCCUUCCCUACGCGCUGCUCCCCCUUCCUUACGCGCUGCUCCCCCUUCCCUACGCGCUGCUCCCCCUUCCCUACGCGCUGCUCCCCCUUCCCUACGCGCUGCUCCCCCUUCCCUACGCGCUGCUCCCCCUUCCCUACGCGCUGCUCCCCCUUCCCUACGCGCUGCUCCCCCUUCGCCUCGCCUCCCCUCCCACUCAUCCCCUCUCCUUCCUUUCCCUCUCGCCUUCUCUCCUUCCUUCCCUCUUCCCUCCCGUCCUUCCCGUCGCGCACGUCCCUCCCGUCGCCCAACGCCUUCCGUCCAGCCCCUCGCUUCAGUCCCUCAUUCGCUCCCGUCGUUCUCUUCCCUCCCGCCCCUCCCUUCCCUCUCCGGUUCUCGUCAUUUUCUCUCAUUCGCUCCGCUCACUCAAUCCAUCGCGCACUCCCCCCAUCGCUCGAACGAACGCACCGUCCACACACUUGCAUGUUACAUUCACUCCCAUUCCGCACACUCACUCCCCUCCUCUCCUCUCCCUUUCCCCGUGUCUUUCCCUCCGUUUCCCCCCUUGUUCCUCUCUCUUUCCUUGUGUCCUUCCCUCCUGCUCCCACCUCCCCCCUCCCUCCCUUACCUCCAUCCCUAACUGCACAUAUCACCUUACACCUUCCCUCCUCCCACCUCCCCUCCUCCCACCUUCCUUUGCUCCUACCCUUCCUUCCCUCUGUCCCGCGCACCUCUCUUCCGCCAUCUUUCCGCCCUUCUCUCACUGA